AUGAUCGAGGAAACCGACGACGCCGCGGGGCCUCCAUCGCCACCGUCCACCGCCAUUCCUCCUCCUCCACCACCUCCCUCCGCCAAAGUCCGUCUGCUCUCCGCCGCCGCCGCCGCCAAUAUCCACGGCUCGAAGAGCCUAUUCAUCUUCCUCCUCCCGCUAAUCCUCUUCUGCUUAAUCUUCUCCCUCACCUCCUCCGCUACAUUCGCCCCGCUCUCUUCCUACUUCCUUAACCUCUCCUCCUCCGGCGACCGAGGAGUACGUCAUCCGCCGCCGCCGCACCGGGCGAGGAUCGCGGUGUGCCUGGUCGGCGGAGCGCGGCGGUUCGAGCUCACCGGGCCGUCGAUCGUGAAGAACGUGCUGCUCCGGUAUCCGAACGCCGAUCUCUUCCUCCACAGUCCCCUGGACGAGAACGCGUACAAGUUCUCGCUCCUCAAAUCCGCGCCGAGGAUCGCCGCCGUCAGCAUUUUCAAGCCGAGUUACAUCCCCGAGACCAAGUUGCACCACCGAGUUCUCACCGGCGCCGCCUCGCCAAAUGGCAUCCAGGGCUUACUCCAAUACUUUAACCUAGUAGAAGGCUGCCUCAAAAUAAUCACCGACUACCAGACGCGAGACAAUUUCACCUACGACUGGAUAGUCCGAACCCGAGUCGACUCCUUCUGGUCCUCCCCGCUCCCGCCGUCCUCUUUCCUCCCAAACUCCCGCUACUUGGUCCCCCAGGGCUCCUCCUACGGCGGCAACAACGACCGCCUCGGCAUCGGUGACUUAAACUCCUCCACCACCGCCCUCUCCCGCCUAUCCCUCCUCCCCUUACUCUCCGACCACAAAUACACCAAACUCAACUCCGAGUCCGCCUUCCGUGCCCAGCUCGACGUCCACCACGUGCACUACGAGGCGCACCGGCUCCCCUUCUGCAUUAUGUCGGACAGAAAAUUCUGGUUCCCGCCAGAUGGGCCCGGCGGGGUGCCCGUCGCGGCGCUGGGCAGCCCGGGCCCGCUGAGCGGGGCCUACUGCAGGCCGUGCGAGGCGGCCUGCGAGGGGGAGUGCUUGGAGGAGUGGAUGCCCACGCUCAACAGGAGGUGGAGCUGGACUGAGUGGAGGAACGGGUCGUUGAAGCUCUGUGAUGCUCAGGGAGAGUGGGAGAAGGGGUGGGAGCAGUUGUUCGAUGACGUGGUGGGGAGGGAGGGUGCGGAGGAGAGGGUGAGAGUUGGUGGGUUGAGUGGGAAGGAGUGUGUGGAGGAUUUUAUGACGAUGAUGAGGAAGACGACGAUUUGGAUGUCGCCACCGGUGGAUGAGAUUUGUAGGCUGGGGAAUUGUAUUGUUUAG